GAAAGACUUCAAUUUUGCAAAGUUCUAAGAUUCCCAGAGGAAAAUUUGUCCCCCCCUUCUGCUUCUCUCCAUUACCCUCUUUUUUUUUUUUUUUUUGGGUUUUUGGUCUUUUGCUGUUUGGAUUCUAAGAAAAAACCAAGAUAACCUAAAAGAAAGAAAAAUUCGGCAUCAAAACAAAAAGCAAAAACAAGAGCCUUCUCUCUCUCUCUCUCUCUCUCUCUAAACAAAAGCCUCAAAGUUCUGCAGCUGCUUUACGACCCCUCCACAACCCCACUACCUUGGUUACUUCAUUUUCUAUCGUUGUUGUUGUUUCCAAGAAGCCAAGUAUUCACUUUUGGACUUCUCAUUUCUUGUGUACAUGAAAGUUCUACAAUAAUAUUAUCUGGGUAUAUGAGGAUUCAGCUUCUCCUUCUUUGUUUGGUGAUGGUGUUUGGUUAGAGGCCCUUCGUGUGGUGCUUGUGUUGUGUAUCUCUCAGUUCAGCAAUGGAGGACUCGGCUAAGGUUCGGCUUGUUCGGUGCCCCAAGUGUCAAAAUCUUCUUCCCGAGCUCGCUGACUAUUCUGUUUAUCAAUGUGGCGGUUGUGGUGCUGUUCUUCGAGCAGGAAAGCUUAAAGGUUAUGGAAGUGGUAGCUUGUGGGAGGCGUCAGAUGAGGGACAUGGUGGAGGAGAUCCUUCUAAAUCAGGAAAUUCCUUGGGGAAAGGGGUAGUUGAUUCAGAUGUUGAUGUUCAGUCCAAUGGUGGCUUCUCAAGGGAAGAUCAAAGGGAUUCAGAGAAGCCAAAUAACAGGCAUGAGAGGUUUCUGAAUCGUUCCAAGGAUGGUGAUGAGAAAGUGGUUUUGGAGAAUGGUUUUGGUGUUAAUAAAAACAAAGAUGAAAGGGGUAAAUCAAUAGGUAGAGAGGAGCAGGAACAGAAGUCUCACAUGGGAGGGUCCAAAUUCUUUGGGAGUAUGUCUAAUUGGCCAAAUGGGGAUAGAGGUGAGAUGGAAGGGUUUAGGAGAAAGCCACCUGCUGAUAUGGAAGGUGGGAGAUUUUCCACCUUGAAUCAUCCUGAUGAGGGAACAUCAAAUAACUAUUCCAGUUUUUCUUAUAAUUAUGGCAAUUUUAGAGACAUGGAUGGUGUGAGCAAAGUUCAUCUCCUUGAACAAGAUCGAGCUGAGCUGCUAAGGAAGCUGAAUGAGUUAUCAAACCAGCUGAACCAUUCUUCUGAAGUGGUUAAUAACCCAAACGAAAAGGUUCCUCCAGAUCCUUAUGGUGGCCCUGGGUUGGACAGGACCUCAAGGCAAUUUGUUGGCCCUAAUAAACAUGUGGCAGGCCCCCCUUAUUCCAAUUAUCCAUAUGCUUAUACAAAUGGUAAUGAAAUGGCCAUGCUCAACUUCCACCCUUCAAUGCAUAAUCCAAAUUAUAUUCCUGGAUACGGGGAUCCUUUUGUAUCCCAAAUGAUGAGAGGUCCACAUCCCUUAGUCCAUCAGUUCCCACAACAACCAAUGCAUCCCUACUUUCCUGGACACUAUGUUGAUACUAGUACAGAUUCAUAUGAACCAUAUGCACAUAAUGCAAUGCUUCACCCGCCUUCUUGCUCUUGUUUUCGUUGCUAUGACAACAAACGAAGAGGUUCAGUGCCAGCGCCAUCUGCUGCAUUCAUUAACAGCAGAUUCCCUGAUACCCCAAAUGAUCAUAUGUUAUACCGUCAUGAAAUCCCAGGGGCAUCUGGUCCACAUGUUCAUAACACUAGAACUGCCAUUCCUGCUGCUAGUUUUCAUGAAAAACAAUUACAAACAAGAUGGCCUAAUGACUUAAAUUCUGAGAUGGGUGGGUUUGUCAGAAGCCGUCCUAGGAAAGUAAUGACAGCUAGUGCUAGUAGGCAUUGCCAUCCUAUAGCUGGUGGUUCUCCUUUCAUCACAUGUUGUAAUUGCUUUGAGUUACUGCAACUACCUAAAAAGGCACUUGUUAUGGUGAAGAAAAACCAUCAGCAGAAAGUGCGAUGCGGGGCUUGUUCUUUAGAAAUAAGUUUUGCUAUCAUCAAUAAGAAGCUAGUUAUUUCUCCUCAUUCAGAAAUGAAGGAAACCACUACAAGGAUUGAUGAUACCUCUAAUGAGGUUGUGAAUAGCGGUGUGUCACAUUCCCAUGCUCAUGUGAACACAAGUGGUGUUAACUUCUCAUCUGAUGAUUAUUCUGGUUAUGAUUUUCACUCUGUAGAUAGAGAAUCUCCUGUGCUGGCUGCAGAGCCAAGCUUAAACUCUAGCAAGCCUCAAGAGAUGCAAAGCUUCCAUUCUUCAUCUCCUAGUACCUCUGAAGAUGAAAAUAGUCCAGAAGUUAUGAUAGCACCAAGUGAAGCCACAAAGUCCAUUCAUCAGCCAACUAAAGCCUCUCUGUCUCCUCCACCUGCUGGCUCACCUCUUCAAGAGUAUUUUGAUUAUUCGGGUAAUAACCAUGCAGUAAAUCGGUUUGGGAAAGGCAACCGAAGUAGUCGAUCAGAACAAGAGAAGGCAAAAAUAGAAAAGAAUACCUCAAGGCAAAAUUCUUUGAAAGAGGUAGUGCUUGCAACUGAGAUGGAUGUCCAUGAUUAUUCUAACAUUGGGGUCUCUCAGGAUUCUGGUGAUGCAAGCCGAGAACAUGAUCCUAGAUCUAGCAAAGGGGGUGAAUCCUUUUUUUCCAACUUUAUCAAGAAAGGCCUCCGGUUCCGGGAUUCCUCCCAAUCCAGUCAAAUAGAUGAACAUGGCAAUAGUAAUGUUAGUGUAAAUGGACAACCUAUAUCAGACUGUGUGAUUAAGAAGGCUGAAAAGCUAGCUGGACCAAUUCAGCCAGGAAAUUACUGGUAUGAUUUUCGGGCUGGAUUUUGGGGUGUCAUGGGUGGACCAUGUCUUGGAAUAAUUCCACCAUUCAUAGAAGAAUUCAAUUAUCCCAUGCCAGAUAAAUGUGCUGGUGGAAAUACUGGUGUUUUUGUUAAUGGUAGAGAACUUCACCAAAAAGAUUUAGAUUUGCUUUCACGUAGAGGACUUCCUCAUGAUAAUGAUAGAUCAUAUAUCGUUGAAAUUUCUGGGAGAGUCUUGGAUGAAGACACAGGAGAAGAGCUAGACAGCCUUGGCAAACUUGCACCAACAGUGGAGAAAGCAAAGCAUGGAUUUGGCAUGAAAGUACCCAGAGCAGCUGCAUAAUCAAAUUGUAGAAAUAAAAAUUCUAUUAAGAUUUGAGUAGGAGACCUACCUAUGUUCUAAUCCUUCCGCAUAUUUGGAACAUUACGUCACGCCAGAUCAUGGGGAAAUUUUUCAUAUGUUUGCAAGAUUACUUGAAAUUCUUGUCUGGUGCAUGGCAAAGUCCAAGUGAUUUUGCACAUGACUUGCAUUUAGAUUAUAUAACGUGUAAAAUUUUCAUUCCUAUAUGAUCAAGAAAAAACAUUAAAAUUUUUUGUGCUCGCAGUCUUGUACCUACUCCAGAAU